AUGAAGUACUCUUAUAUGGUAAUGACACUUUUAGGACGUUCACUUUAUCAAAUAUUUAAGCAGUGCCCAGUUUGUAGUGUUUCUACACAAGUUCGAGUUGGAAUUAACAUAUUAUUUGGUUUGAAACAGUUACAUGAAAUAGGCUACAUACACCGAGAUGUCAAACCUGCUAAUUUAGCGGUCGGUCGGCAAGGUCAAUCUGUUCAUGUUGUACAUAUUCUCGACUUUGGCUUAUCUCGAGAGUAUGUUGUUCGAAGUAAUGGUACUGCUAAAUUGCGAUUACCUAGAACAAAUACGUUAUUUCGAGGUACGACAAGAUACUGUUCGGCUAAUACCCAUAUGCGUAAUGAACAAGGUAGACCAGAUGACCUGUGGUCAAUGGUUUACAUAUUAGUAGAAAUGAGAGGUCCUUUACCAUGGGAUAAUAUUCGUGGAAAAGAUGAAAUUGGCAAAGCAAAAUUCCAAACUCUCGACACAACUCUUUGCAGGAACAGUCCUAAAGAAAUGCUUGAUAUUACAUCACAUCUUCGAACAUUAGAUUAUUAUACUCGACCCGAUUAUUCUCUCAUCUACGAUCGACUUUAUAGCGUAAUGCAAAAUUGUAAUUACAAGUAA